AUGUCGGAUUUACCAAGAAGAAGACAACGACCCGAUAGUACCAAAAUGUGGGAGGAAAGCGAAAGUCGUGGUUCUGCUCGAGACCGAGAUGAGACAAAUGAUCGAGGAGAUCGACGCGAUGAGAGAAAUCGCAAUCAUGAUCGCAGUCACAGAGAUAGAAGCAGGUCGCCGCGCGAUUCGAGAGAUCAUAGACGCAGUUCGUACAGAGAUCGAGAGAGGGAACGAGACCGCGGUGGAAGGAGAGAUGAAUAUCGGGAUGGGCGAGGUAGUGACAGGAAGAGGGAUUAUCGGGAAAGAAAUGACGAGAGGUCGGAUAAGAGAGAUGGACAUCGAAGAGACGUGCCAGAUAGGACUAGAGGUGAGCUUAUGCCAUAUGCGCUCUCGCAGACGGUGUUUGCAUUGAGAGGUAGAUCUAACAUUGACCAAGAUGAGACUCGACAAUCUCGAGGAAUUGAUGAGGAUAGAAAUGGGAGAAAAGGUAUGUUUUCACUUGAGCCAGAGCAGGAUGGAACAUUUGUCCUUGCGAUCAGAACACUGUCUAACACGCAUCAAGACAAUGAGCGAUCAUCAGGAGAGAAAGUAAAUGAACGAGCAAGAUCUAGGAGUCCGCGGCGCGAUGAUGAGCGAGAUUAUAAAGAAGAUAGAGGUAGCGAGAAGACACGAAAUAGCGAAUAUAUAGAUGACGCUCCACAACCGGUAAGCUUCAGUAUUGGGGCUAGUCAUACAAAUACAGCUACAGCUCAAGAUCACGAUCGCAUGGAUGUUGAUGGUGGAAACAAGAAGGCGUCACGGCAUAAGAAGAAGAUUGAGGAGGAGGAAGAGGAAGAAGAGGACGAUGAUAUUGUGGUUGAGGAUGAUGGAAUGGCAGCCAUGCAGGCAAUGAUGGGUUUUGGGGGGUUCGCAACGACACAAAAUAAACAGGUAGCAGGAAAUAAUGUUAGUGCUGUAAGGAAGGAAAAGAAGACAGAGUAUCGUCAAUACAUGAAUCGGGUUGGAGGAUUUAAUAGACCUCUGAGUCCGAGUAGGGAUUAG